AUGUCUGAGGUGGAGGUGGAGAUUGAGGUGAGGAUAGCUAUGAUUAGAGAAGGGGCGGGAGGUUGAGCAGUAGCUGCCAAACUAAGUCCAGUGACAACUGAUUAUUGGACAGGGCAUGCCUGCUGAUGGAUGAGUAGGGAGGCCCUGGAAGACACAUGGAUAGAUUAAUAUAUUUGUCACAUUGUUCCCUCCCUUCCCGCAGGAGAAUGCAGCUGUCACGAGGGCUAUUCUCCCGACCCGGUGCAUAAACACCUCUGUGUUCGCAGUGACUGGGGCCGCAACGAAGGGUAAGUCCUGCCGGCUCUGCCCUGUACACGGACUGUCACCUCACUGACGAGACAAAAGGAGAAGAGGACAGUAGAGAAAGAGUGAGAGGGUGAGGAAGGGAGAGAUGGAAGGGAGAUGGAGUGGGAGGGAAAGAUAGGGUAAAAGGGGAAGGGAAGGAGAUGGAGAGAGGGAGAGCGUAUGAUAGGGAGUAUAAGGAGAGAAAGAGAGACAGAGAGAGAGGGAGAGAGAGAGCUGAUGCCUCCAUCACCUCGCCGUGUGCCCAGUCAAGUGUGAGCCCUCUUCCUGACUCGGACUGCAUGCUAAUUAACUCGACUAGCUCAGCAGCUGGGCAAAUAAAAUACCAGCCUCCAUUAGCUAUGCAAAUCCCGCAUCAUCAGUUGGACUCAGUCCCUACCUGCCAAUCACAGAUCCAAUCCGUCUUCACCAAUUCAGGAGCAAAGGAGGAUAAUCUUUGGUAUUUAAAGCCAGACAAAAUUGCAUAGCAUGACCUUGCAACUGGUUUGUACUGUGCAUGUAUAUCAACUCACUGAUGUAUUAACAUGUUUUGCAUGGUAUAUUAACAUUUUCCUGCCUCUUACUUUUAGAAAUGUUUGCUUAUUUUGUUCUUGCAUGAAUGUAUAAGGAUUGUGUUUAUACAUGUGCAUUGUUCAGUGUAUUGUGUAUAAAUGUGUCCUCUACCUCCCUGCUCUCUCCCCAGUCCCUGGCCCUACACCAACCUGGAGAAGGGUUAUGACCUCGUCACAGGGGAGCAAGCUCCAGAAAAGAUCUUCAGGUGAGGAGACAUGUGAAUCCAUGUGAAUCCAAGCACCCUCGCCUGAGUGCUUAGCUGGUGGUCUGCCAAAAGAAUGUAUUUCCAGUCAACUACACUGAAGUCAGGGAACCAGAUAUGUAUACACUACCAGCCAUCAACACACACUAUGGGAACUGGGACCGUGUGAUUGUCUCCUCCGUACACCUGCCUCUGCUCCUGUUCUAAGCACAAUAGUACACACACACACACACACACACACACACACACACAUAUAUACAGAUGCACGUGUACGCAUGCACACACACACACACACACACAUACACACACACACACACACACACACACACACACACACACACACUCCGAGGCAGCUAUAUGUACAGUAUGUGGCCCUGUUAAAAAAUAGCCAGAGGGGAUGUCAUGGGCAGGGCUUUCAAGUGCUCUUCGUGCCUGUCUUUGUGCCAGGGCUUGUCCUGACAGGCACAUUCUCUCUGACAUGUUCCUGAGUAGUGUUAACACAAAGGCACCAUACAGGUAGAUGUAGCUGUGCCAGUCACUAGAGCCUUCCAAGUGCUACCGAACCCUGCUUUCUACUUACAUAUUUCUUCUUUGUCCCUUCUGGGUGUGUUCUAAUUGGGAAGGUCAUGUUCACUUCAGAAAGAGGUGUCAGAGGAGGUAUUUUACAAAAAAAAAGAGACUAGGUGUGGUAAGGGUGAAACAGUAAAUACUAUGAAAUGGGGCUGUGGGUUUUUAUGGCACCGCAGAAUAAUCUUAAAUCCUAUGAUGAAUUUGUCGCUCGGAGCCACUACCCUGCAGAUGAGAUACAUCAUUAUAUUUCAAAUCUUGCCUUUCAGUCAAACUGUUGUCAGAAUCCCUACAUAUCUAUACCCAACUUUCCAUGAAUAAGCUGUUUAUCCUGGCAUCAUCAAAUGCCUGUUGUGGAAGUUUAGGGGGCAGAAAACCCUGAGGAUAUCUCAUAUUUAUUUUACUUACCUGAGAUGUCAUCAUUCUCUGCUACUCUCCUACAUGCACACUAGCACCACCAACACAGACACACACACACACACACACACACACACACACACACACACUCAGCACACACACGAACACACACACAAUAACACACAUCUUUGGUAAAGCCUCCCGGUGUGUGUGAUGGAUAGGGAGAGGAGCAGGGGCCGAUCAAUGGGCUCCAGAGUGAGAGGUCGGAGGGAGCCGGGGACUGGCCGUCAGUGUCUUAUUUAUGAGUGGAUAUGGCUAUUGAUCAGGCCUGAAUCAUUGUGUUCCUGUCGAUAUCCCAGGUCAAGGCCGGUGGCACGCUGCCCACUCCUCCGAGCACCUCUCUAAAGGACUAUUGACAAAGAGCUUAUAAAAUUAGAUAUUGGCUGAAGUCCCCAUAUCAUAAUUCUGGGAUGGCAAGGGUUUAACGUCAGUCACAAGGCAAUGACAGCCACCCUAAGCCACAUUGAGUAAAAUAUUAGCAGGAGAUGUUAUUAUGAUUCAUAGUAGAUAUCUUUCAGUAUUUGAUAAUGACUCACAAUAUACAUUAGAUUUUAAUACAAUUCUCUGAAAUUGAGUUAUUACCUUUGCAGAUAUAAUCUGUGUAUUCAAGAUUUCCGUUUAUACCUUAUUUAUGGUUGUGGUUCUUAUUCACUGAUAAUGAAUGGAAAUGCAGUUUUGAUUCAGCCCACAAUUUAGUAAAUUUUCACUUCAUAUUCCCAGUUCCAUUAGCAGAAAGAAACAUUUGCAGCUCGAGCUAAUGACCCAAGUUUUUCAGAGAACAUUUGGUGCUUGAUCAGCAAUCAAACUGCACACUUAGUGUUUACACACAGAGAUGAACUGUCAUAAACUGGAUGUAAAAUAUUUAACAUGUUUAAUGAUAAUUGUGUAAUAUGGUAUAAUGUUAAUUGGCGUGGUAGAACUGCUGACUAACACUGUUGAAUGACUGAUGAUACUGAUGAAACUCGCACAGCAUUGGUCAGGUCAUGUGGUCAGAAAAAUAUUAAAACAUUGUGCACAGUAGCAUGGAUCAACAUCCUCUUAUCUCAACUUUCCUCAUGUAAGCACUAGCUUUUUAGUUUAAUGCUAAACACUAUUUAAUGAUAUGCAUUUUGGUGCCACCUUCACAUUGCUAUCAAUCCAGAUGGAAUUGACUCUUGGCUCUACGUCAAAAUGACAAGCCCUUACCAGCUGUCAUAAUACUGACUGAUUUAUAUUUUGCUGACUGUUUAAUAUGGAGUCUGAGCACAUUGUCGUCUUUUUUACACUUAAGCAUCUUGUUGUCUCUGUGUCAACACAGGUCGUCCUACAGCCUGGGCCAGGGUCUGUGGCUGCCAGUCAGUAAGAGCUUUGUGGUGCCACCGGUGGAACUGUCAAUCAACCCCAUCGCCAGCUGCAAGACUGACGUACUGGUGACAGAGGACCCUGGGGACAUC